AUGGAGUUUCUUACACCUGAGACUUUGAACACAAAGUUCUCCACAUCUUCAAAUCUCUUGUCUUUCUUCCCAGUUACAAAUCUUGUUGAUUCUCAGAAUGAAGAAAACGUGGAUACCAACAAAUGGACCAAUCCUGUACCUUCCUUUCUGUUCAGAAGCUGCAAGGAAAUCAAGCAGGAGAUGACUAGGGCACGAAAUGGUCUCUAUUUUCUCCGCACGGAGAAUGGUGUCAUCUACCAGACCUUCUGUGACAUGACCACUGCAGGUGGUGGCUGGACCCUGGUGGCCAGUGUGCAUGAGAACAACAUGGGUGGGAAGUGCACGGUGGGUGAUCGCUGGUCCAGUCAGCAAGGCAACAGAAUCGACUACCCAGAGGGGGAUGGCAACUGGGCCAACUACAACACCUUUGGGUCUGCAGAGGGGGCCACAAGUGAUGACUACAAGAACCCUGGCUACUUCGAUAUCCAGGCUGAGAACCUGGGUAUCUGGCAUGUGCCCAACAAGAGCCCCCUGAAAAAUUGGAGGGACAACUCCCUGCUGAGGUACCACACCUCCACUGGCUUCCUGCAGGACAUGGGUCAUAAUCUGUUUGGCCUGUACCAGGUACUGAAGACUAAUGGCUGAGGCUGCUUUUCAAGGUUGUAGAGAGAGAGGCAGGUAUUUGAGGUUGGGUGGGUUGUAUUCCAUGUUUCCCUUAUUCUAAAGUGUAAUGAGUCAAGGAGGGCAAAGUGUAGGGGUAUGUGGAAAAGAGAGGAGAGGAGAAAUGUAGGGAGGUGGAGAGAAGAGAAGAGAAAAGGGGGAAGGGCCUA